AGCAACAACAACAAAAAAAAAAAAGUUCCUUGUUUAGAGUGGAGAUCUUGCUGCAUUUUUGGUUUCACUGGGUUUCCAGAGAGGAUUUGAAAGAGGUGAUUGGUAAACGACUAUACUCUCAAACCAUGUUUCCUCUCUUGGAGGUGCUUAAAUCCUUGGCACAAUUGUCCUUGGCACAAUUAUCCUUGGCACAAUUGUUCACUGCUACUGUUAUAAUUGUACUAAGCCCCAUACUAACAGAUCGCAUAGCCGCAGUCAGGAGUAUACUCUUCUCAAACUAUCAAGAUUAUUUCUUUCCUCAACUUACAAUGAUCAUUGAAGAGAGUGAUGGUUUCAGUCAAAAUCAACUCUAUGCAGCGGCCAGAACUUACGUAGGUGUCUUGUUUAGUGUUUCACGAAAACCAAGGCAUUUCAAAUGUAGAAGAGCAAUUAAGGGAGAGAAACUAGUCUUUGAUUUUGUGGGGGAAGAUUUUUACCAAAAAAAAGAUAUUGCGAGAGAAGAUUCGAUCAUUGCUAACUUUGAAGGCAUCAAGCUCGAAUGGAAGUCACGUGCAAAAAUUAAUGAACACAACGGUGAAACUGUUUCGAAAUAUUUUGAGCUUUCAUUUGAUAAGAGACACGAAAAGAAGGUGCUUGAGUAUUAUAUACCUCAUCUAUUAGCUCGUGCUGAGGAAAUUCGUAAAGAAGAACGGGUGCCAAGGCUUUAUAGCAGGGGUGGAAGUGGUCUUGGUGAAUGGCUUUCUAUCAAUUUUGAACACCCAACUACAUUUGAGAAGUUGGCAAUGGACCCAACGCUGAAGAGGAUGCUCAAGGAUGAUCUGGACAGGUUUGUUAAAAGAAAGGAUUGGUACAAGAAAGUUGGCAGAGCAUGGAAGAGAGGGUAUUUGAUUUACGGCCCUCCGGGUACCGGUAAAUCAACCUUGAUUGCUGCCAUGGCUAAUUUCCUCAAGUUUGAUAUCUAUGAUGUGGACAUUUCAAGUAUAAAUUCAGAUUUAGACUUGAGAAAAAUAUUGCUUUCAACGUCUAAUGGUUCAAUAAUGGUAAUGGAGGAUAUAGAUUGUGCACGGUUGGAAAAAGGAGGGCAACAAAAUAAGGCUUCUUCCGCUAAGUUCACACUCUCGGGUUUAUUGAAUGUCAUAGAUGGAUUAUGGUCGAACUGUGGAGAUGAGCGAAUUAUUGUGUUCACCACCAAUCAUAAGGACAAGCUUGAUCCCGCUUUGUUUCGCCGAGGCCGCAUGGAUGUACACGUGCACAUGUCAUAUUGCACCAUAGAUGGGUUCAAGUUGUUGGCUACUAAUUAUCUUAAAAUCGAAGAUGACCACCAACUCUAUAGACAGAUUGAAGUAUUGUUGGCGAAUGUAGAGGUUACCCCAGCUGAAAUUGCAGAGGAACUUCUGAAUAGUAGUGGUAGUAGUGAUGAUGUUGUUCUCGCAAGACUUGUCGAAUUUUUCGAGCAAAAGUUACAUGUGAAAGCAAAGGCUGCAGAGUUAAAGGAACGUUUGAAGAGUGCUGAUAUAGAUGUUGAUGCUGAAGGACUCGUCAAAUUUCUCAAGCAGAAAAAACUUGAGAAUGCAAAGGAAAAAGAGGUAGAGCAACUUUUGAACAGUGGUGAUACUGAUAUUGAUGCUGAAGGAUUUGUCAAAUUUAUCAAGCAAAAAAAAAUUGAGGAUGCAAAGGCUGCAGAGGCAAAGUGAAUAAAUCCAAAUGAAUCUUAACUGAUGGGUAAUUUCAAAAGAGAUGGUUCGUGUUCUCAAGGAAUUAGUAAUAUUCCCAAGCCAUUCUAGCACUUGUCAAAUCGCAUUUGAGUUUUUCGUCUUGGUGACCCUCAGUGACUCGCUGCUGGUGGUGAUCCUUAUCUGUUCCUCCCCUCAUUUCCGAGUUUUUCUUUUCCUAGUGAAAUAAUAUGUAUAGUAUCAAUGUGUGGGUGUGCACUGCUGUGAAUCUGAUUAUGUACUUUGCAAAUUGUGUGACUGUUUGUGGGAGAUGAUGUUGUUUUAAAAAAGAAUUACAUGUUUGUUGAAGGGAUAAUUUGCAUUACGCUUUUUA